GGGUGGAGUCUAGUCCUACCACCUACCUUCAGUCUUCCCAUAUUGAUCCCGUCUUGGAGUAAUAGCAACUGCUACCACAAUUACGCAUGCUCAGAACCUUUCUGGAUUUUCAUGUCGUUCAACCACAUGUUCAGUAAUGUUGGGUACAUGCUGUGCUCCGUCGUAUUUCUUGCGUUUGUGCAUNUGAGGAAAGGAAAAUUGACGGAUUAUGCGUAUGCCUGCUUGUAUAUCAACUGUUUUUUGCCUACAGUCUAUCACAUUUGCCCUAAUUCCACCACAUAUAAUCUAGGCAGGUUUUUCGUUUUUCUUCUGAGACGUAGUUGUCUUUAUAUAUUCAGCCUACACCGUGAACAGUCGUGUAGAUUUUCUCGAGUAUGCUCUGCAAGUGCCGCUGUUUUCUGGAUGACUGCUCUCUAUUUUUUAUUCGCCGACGAGACAGACUGGCUAACACCAGCUCAAAGUCGGGCUCUUAAUCGCUCAUGUGUCGUUCUGUCAUUUUACGAUUACCAUGAUCUCUGGCAUAUCACAUCCGCACUGGCUUCGUUGAUGACAUUGGUUGCACUGUCAACCCUAGACGAUGCCGUAUCUGCACUGCCUACAAGCCUAUUAACAGUGUUUUGA